GCCUUUUGCGUCAGUGUGCGCCAAUAACUUGGCCCGAGUGGUGCUACGGAGGGUGAAUUUGUGUGGAAUUGUGAUAAAUCCGAACAAAUACGUGUAGUGGAGACAUGUGUGUGGAGUUUGGGAACGACAAAACGACCUAAUUUCCUGAGAAAGAGGUCCAAAGUUAUUGAGCUCCAAUCAUGUACGGCUUCGUAAACUACGCCUUGGAACUGUUGGUUCUUAAAACUUACGGUGAAGAAACAUGGGAGAAAAUCAAGAAAAAAGCAGAUGUUGCUAUGGAGGGUUCGUUCCUGGUCCGACAGAUAUACGAAGAUGAAAUAACUUACAACCUCAUCACAGCUGCCGUCGAGAUACUGCAAAUACCGGCAGAUGCUAUUUUGGAGUUGUUUGGAAAGACUUUCUUUGAAUUUUGUCAAGAUUCUGGAUACGACAAGAUCUUGCAAGUACUUGGGGCUACGCCACGGGACUUUUUACAGAACCUCGAUGGUCUUCACGACCACCUCGGGACGCUAUACCCCGGGAUGCGAUCCCCGUCCUUCAGGUGUACCGAACGGCCUGAAGAUGGCGCUUUAGUCCUGCACUACUACUCGGACAGACCCGGCCUUGAGCAUAUCGUGAUUGGCAUUGUUAAGACGGUGGCCAGCAAGCUCCACAACACCGAGGUGAAGGUGGAAAUCCUGAAGACCAAGGAGGAGUGCGACCACGUCCAGUUCCUCAUCACAGAAACCUCCACUUCAGGAAGAGUUUCCGCACCGGAGAUCGCCGAGAUCGAGACUUUGUCGCUAGAGCCAAAAGUCAGCCCUUCUACCUUCUGCCGCGUGUUCCCCUUCCACCUGAUGUUCAACCGGCAGCUGGUCAUCAUCCAGGCGGGCCGCGCGGUGUCCCGGCUGCUGCCGCGCGUCGCCCGGCCCAAGUGCCGCAUCACCGACGUGCUGGACACCGUGCGUCCCCACCUGGAGAUGACGUUCGCGAACGUGCUGGCGCACAUCAACACGGUGUACGUGCUGAAGACGCGGCCCGAGGAGAUGAGCGUCGCCGACCCCAGCGAGGACAUCGCGCCGCUGCGGCUGAAGGGCCAAAUGUUGUACAUUCCGGAGACAGACGUUGUGGUGUUCCAGUGCUACCCCAGCGUCACUAAUCUGGAUGACUUGACUCGCCGAGGCCUCUGCAUCUCGGACAUCCCGCUGCACGACGCCACCCGCGACCUGGUGCUCAUGUCGGAGCAGUUCGAGGCGGACUACAAGCUCACGCAGAACCUCGAGGUGCUGACUGACAAGCUGCAGCAGACCUUCCGCGAGCUGGACUCGGAGAAGCAGAAGACUGAUAGGCUCCUCUACUCAGUGUUGCCAGAAAGCGUGGCUACAGAGCUUCGUCACCAGCGCCCUGUCCCGGCCCGUCGGUAUGACCCGGUUACCUUACUCUUCAGUGGAAUUGUGGGCUUUGCCAACUAUUGUGCCAGGAACAAUGACCACAAGGGAGCUAUGAAGAUUGUGAGGAUGCUCAACGACAUCUACACGGCUUUUGACGUGUUGACUGAUCAGAAACGGAACCCGAAUGUUUAUAAGGUGGAGACAGUUGGAGACAAAUACAUGGCGGUGUCAGGCUUGCCGGAGUACAAAGUGGGUCACGCCAAGCAUAUCUCACUGUUGGCCCUGGAGAUGAUGGAUCUGUCCAAAACUGUCACUGUUGAUGGCGAACCCGUGGGUAUAACCAUCGGCAUACACUCAGGCGAGGUGGUGACGGGCGUGAUCGGGCACCGCAUGCCGCGGUACUGUCUGUUCGGGAACACCGUCAACCUGACCAGCCGCUGCGAGACCACUGGCGUGCCUGGCACUAUCAACGUCAGCGAGGAUACUUACAACUGUCUCAUGACUGAAGACAACUUCGACCCUCAGUUCGAGCUGACGUACCGCGGCCACGUCUCCAUGAAGGGAAAAGCGGAGCCGAUGCAGACCUGGUUCCUCACCAGGAAGAAGAUUUAAACCACUUCUCAUAAACAUCACGACCCAUCACGUCCCCACUGCUGGGGCACGGGUCUCCUUUCAAUGAAGGAAAGGUUUUAGGCCCAGUCCACCACGCUUGCUGGUAGUGUGGGUUGGUGGACUCUUCUUAUACCCUGCAGCUCAAGUGUGAGUUUUUCAAUACCGAACGAGCAGUGACACCUAACGCAAAAUUGUAGAGGAGCUAGUACAUAUACUUACCGCUAGGUGGCAUUUCGCCCGCGCCAUAAAAAAUUACGUUUACUCGCCGCUUCUAGAACGAUGGAAAAACUCGCACUCAGGGCCCUGAUUACACCUACCGAGUAGAGUGGCGAGUCAUUUCAGGCACAUAGGACCAUCUUCAUCAGCCUAUAGGAGUCCACUGCUGGACGUUGGCCUCUCUGAAAACACAGUACUGGAUAAUA